AUGGCUGCCCCCGGUAUGAUGCAGGCUGUGGUUUUCCACGAGCCGUACAAGGUUGCCGUUGAGCAGAGACCUAUUCCUACUGUGCAGGAUCCAGAGGAUGUUGUGAUUAAGGUUGUGUACACCGCGCUUUGUGGAAGUGACUUACACACAUACCGUGGUACUGAGCCUGCUGCCCCUGGCUUCAUUAUGGGCCACGAGUUCGUGGGAGAGAUUGUGGAGCUGGGUAGUGCUGUUAAGAGCUUCCAGAAGGGUGACCGUAUCGUCAGUGCCUUUACUACAUCCUGUGGCCAUUGCUUUUACUGCAAGCAAGGAUUCUCUUCACGCUGUGAAAAGAGCACCCUCUUCGGAUGCGAAGCUCUGAACGGUGGUCAAGCCCAAUACAUCCGUGUCCCCAAUGCUGAGGGCUCCGCCAUGAAGGCCCCCGAGGGAGUUGACGACAAGUACCUGGUGCUGAUGGGUGAUAUCUUCCCAACUGGUUACUUCGCCUCGUACAACGCAUUCAAGAGCUCUACUCCCGAGCAGAUCGCUGAACAGACAGUUGUUGUGAUCGGCUGUGGACCCGUUGGUCUUUGUGCGCUGAUCAACGCAUUAGAGUUCAAGCCUAAGCAUGUUUUGGCUGUCGACUCCGUGCCCUCGAGAUUGGAGCUUGCCAAGUCCCUUGGUGCUGAGCCUUGGAACUUCAUGACUGAUCGUGAGGGUCUGGAUAAGCGUGUUCUGGAAUUGACUGAUGGUCGUGGAGCGGAUGCUGUUAUUGAGGUUGUUGGAUUGAGUCCUGCGCUUCGAACUGCGUAUGAUUUGUUGAGACCUUGGGGUACUAUCAGCAGUGUUGGAGUUCACAAUGCUGAGAUUCCUUGGGAUGGAUGCGAUGCCUACAACAAGAACUUGACUGUGCAGAUGGGCCGAUGCCCCGUUCGUUCGGUUGCUCCUCAGGCAUUGGAGGUUCUGAAGAAGAACCAGCACAAGCUUGGGUUCAUGACCGAGAAGAUGAUGCCGCUGUCGCAAGCUGUAGAGGCGUACGAGCUGUUCAACGCCAUGAAGGUGCAGAAGGUCAUCUUCUUGCCUGAUCAGUGA